AACGUCUCCCAAAUAAUCAAAACAGUUGAGAAUAUUAUCCGUGGGGGAAGAUACGUCAUGGCCUGCACGGAGCUCUACUGGACUUAGCCGCCGAGGGGGACCAGCAGCAUGAGUCGCAACAGCAGCUCCGGGCCGUCGCUGAAGAAGAAGUUCGUCGGGUUAAUACGGCAGAUCUCGCAGCCCGGCGGGAGCAGUGGUUCGGGGGAGGCCCAGUGCAUGCCUCGCCCCGACACCUUCAUUCACAAGUACCUGCAAGGAGAGUGUCGCGGCGUGCAGCCCACCAUCGUGUAUGGCCGCAGCUGCGAGGAACUGCCGUCACGGCCCCUGCGUGGCCCGAGGCCCCACGUGCUGGCCGCCUACACGGGGCCAGCUGGGGGUCUCACGUCUGUCAAUAGAGGAGGCCAUCCGCCCCUUCAGCGGGAUGAGGCUGACCUAGACUACAUCGAUGCUGACGAUGCCACUUCCGACGCGCAGCCCAACGCCUACGUCACGUCACAAAAGCCGCCGCCACGUAAGACGCCGUAUUACGACCUGGCUGCGUAUUUUCGCAAGCGGGAGCCUGAGGCCAAAGGGCGGGGCGGGGACGGGGAGGGCGGGGUGCGGGCCGGGGGCAGCGACGACUCUCUGGACUGCGAGGCGCCGUCUUGGAGGGGCGAGGCGCCCUCCCCUCUCUCCCCAAACCCUGGGCGUGCACCGCCCUCCGCCUUCCUUCAGUUCGGUGACGGGCCCCUCAACUACGGCCUCAGGCUGCCCCGGGGAGAGGACGGAUGCUGCUUGAACGGUGUCGGGGCUGGUAGUGGUGGUGGUGAUGGUAGUGAUGCUGGUAGUGGGGGUGGUAGCGAUGGUAAUGGUGCUUACAGUAACACUGGUAGGUGCUGGCAGGGUGACGCUGGUGGGGAGGCGGUGCUGGUGAGCUGCACGGACGAGGGAGGCGGCGUGGUGGUGAACCAGCUGCUGGACCCCCAACUUGACCAAAAUCUCAACCCACUCAUCACACUUCACACGGCCGUCCUCGACAACAACCAUCACCACCAGACCACUGACGUUAAUACCAACGACAACGCACAUACUCAUGACAACCAUACCGACCAACAACAGAUAGACGACAAUCACACAGACGUCCAACCCGACGACAACCACCCUACCUCUGCUCUCUAUGAGAACGGUAACUACACGGCUGAGGAGAAUCCCGUUGAUAGGAAUGGCGAGGCUGAAGACGGAGAGGACGCUUCGACACUGGAAGAAGACAGCGAGGGCGGCAACAGCCUUGCCAGCCAGAGAGCAAGGUUCCUGACCCUUGACCUGGUGGAGGCGGGGUUGCUGGCAGUGCCAGACCCUGACCUGAAGAGAAGUGAGAAGGAAGAGAUUGCUGGGCUAUUAAACUGGAACCGACCUCACCAGCGAGCGUACGGCCUUUCCACCACCCUGUACGAGAGGCACCCACUCACCAGUGAGAGGGCAGGUAACCCAAUAGCAGAUGCCUUUGGGGUGAUAGCACGUGAAGACAGUGCUAUCCUGGCACUGGCUGAUGGUGUGAACUGGGGCGAGAAAGCCAGCAUAGCGGCAAGAUGUGCUAUUCAUGGCUGUCUGCACCACCUCAACACUGCCCUCUACUCCCCAGCAGCCGCCCCUCCAGAAACCACCACGGAUGUGUUUGUGGCAUUGUUGAGAUCCUUCCAUGCAGCACACAGCCUCAUUCUUCAGGAGGAUGGCAUGUUGACAACACUAACAGCUGCCGUGGUCAUGCCUCUAGCUAACCGAGAACAGUAUGUGGUGUGUGUGUGCAAUGUGGGAGACUCACUGGCCUAUGUGUUCUCUCAAAAGCAUGGCGUCCGGGAAAUCACACAGGGGUCACACGACAUCUACAGCAUGAGAGACAUGAGGGAUGCAUUGGGAGCUCUGGGACCAGUGGACGGCACUAAUCCAGAGCUCAACAACCUAACCUGUUCCCUCACCUACUGUGAAGCGGGGGACAUUGUCUUCCUCACCAGCGAUGGAAUCUCCGAUAACUUUGAUCCUGUUGUGGGCAAGUUUGCUAUUCCCAGGAAGGAAACUCCAACAGCCUCAAAAGACAGUCAAACUAAUGGCAAGGAGCAGCAGAAUGGUGUACAGGAUGGUCGAGGGAAUGAACCCAGCAAAGAGGAGCAGAGUAAACAGCAGUCUCACCCCUCAUCUAGCAGACAGGGACAGCAGGCAGCAGGAAGGCAACAACAGCAACAGAAUAAUAAGGGUUCAGGAAGGCAACAUGGUUCAGCUAGUCGACAGCAUCACUCACAACACUCGUCAGGGAGACAACAACAGCAGCAGCAGCAGCGAGGUGGCAGGGUGAGGAGGACACCUUCUGGAAGCAAGGAACAAGCUGGCAGUGGUCAUGCUCGUGCAGGGAAACAGCCUGUUAGCAAUGUCAAGUCUGUGGGGGCUGGAUUGCCAGAACAUGAAGAAGAGGAAGCAAAAGACCCUUUCCUGCCCUUGGUGGAGGCCCAUCAACGCCAUGAACUCACACUGCUUCGCAUGGAGGACCUGCUAAGGUGUGGCCUCACCAGCCCUGGCCCUGUCACCACUGCUCAAGGCCUGUGUCUGGAGAUGGUCCACUUUGCCACCAAGUUGACAGUUGCUAAGCGAAGAAUCCUUGAAGACCCAGAUCUUUACUCCUCUACCUCCAAGGAGCUUUCCCGCUCCCACCAACGGAACCGUCGCAGGAAGGUUUGUGAGAAGCUGGCUUUGGUCCCAGGCAAACUGGACCAUGCCACUGUAGUAGCUUAUGUAGUGGGGCUUCACCUGGACCCUGAUGCCCCAGACCCCGAGCACCCAGUGGUACGCCACCCUGUGUUUCGACCAGCCCCUCUUGCCUCCCCAGACUCCACACGCAGCUUAGUGUCACAGCUGGAGGAGGCACGACCAGCCGACCUUCCCACGGUGAGUGCAGGCGGGGCAGCACAGGUGGUGGGGCCAGAGGGCAAAGAAUCUCCUUUCUCCCAAGACAAAGAGAAUCUCAGCCCCAACACAGCCCCAGUGCCAUGCCGCCCCACCCUCAUUGAGACCAUUGUGUGACCCUCAUCACACCCAAGGGACCAUCACUGUCCUCACACCAAGCCUUAGCAUGGCCAUACCAUCACCAUGAAUCCAUUUGGCUCACAUUGCUUCAAAGAGGAAAAAGUGGCCAUGAAUAGUGUCUGAUGGUGAAUUUGUAAAAGUUGUUAACAGUUGCAACAUUCCAAUUAGGAGACAGCUUACUCCUCUCCCCAAUCUCCUUUCCUGACUGAGAAGGUGGGAGAGAGCUUCCUCUCCAAUUCAGCUCAUGUCAUAGCUCAAUUCUCACUGCUCAGGAACACAUCUUUAUAUGUUUAUUUCUGAAGAAAUCAGUUCAUAAAAUCAAGGGGGAAUUUUUUUUGCUGUGACCAAGUGUCCCAUUCAUUUACUCUUAAGAGUUGUAAAUGUGCCAGAUAGACAGGUGGCUGCAUACCUGGGAGCAAAGUCAACAUGACUGACCAACAGAUGCCAUACACCUGAAGCCAUAAUUUUGCCUCUGGACUAGACCUAAGCAUUUAUGUUCCAUUUCCCUAGUGUAAUAAGUAAAAUGAAACUAUCAAAUGGAAUGGUUACAAUAUUUAUAGAAUUUUAUAAAAAGUAUAUUGUUUACAGACUUGUUACAUCAGCUUCAUAAAUUGCAACUACUACAUUAUAACAACAUUCAUAAUAACAGUAGUAACAACAUUCAUAAUAACAAAGUCAAAAUAAUGCCAGGAACAUAUAUAACUAAAGGGCGUGAGUCUCUUCAUUCUACACCACUUUUGCACACUACACUUCCCAGUUACAGUCACCACUACUCGGCUCAUCUGCUGUGAUCAUGGUUACACUCACCCUCCUUUACAUAACCAGUUUAUAGCAGUGUUGUCCAACUUUUUUUCCCUGUUGUACCCUUUUGCAACUUAUUUUACACUCCUUUCAUCUAUUAAACAGAAUAUAUCUGAUAACAUCACAGUUUCAAUGCCAGAUAAAUUAUUCAAAACAAAAUGUUUUAAGUUUUCUUUAGACUCGGUCAAAUGUAAAAUUAGUUGUUCAUUAAUUAUCUUUGCCACUUGAGAAGGUAGUGACAAUUGCUGUUACAGUAGGCUGUUUUUUUACUUUCUCUGUUUUGAUGAAACACCUAUUACUGAGAGAAAG